UGGUCAUGUACAGGAAGUAGCCAGGGUGACAUUUACUGUAAACGAAGGCAUGGCUGUGCUGAAGUUGUGAGAUCCAGUUCAUGUGGAACCGUUAUAUUUAUGUUUAAGUGUGUACAUUGAAGGGCAAAAUGGCGGUGUGGAGCGUUCGGUGUCUACUUCAGCGGGGAACUCGUCUCGUUUCUCUCCGAGGAGCAGCAGCUGAAAGUCCCCUCCAGCUGGCGGGUUGUAUUCGGACAGUUAAGACCACAACAUGGUUUGAGGAACACCUGACAGAAGACAAUCAGGAGUACAUGAGAAAGAGUAUGGCAGAGGAAUACAGAAAACAGACUGCUGAAAAGCUUAACCCCCUUAAAGAUGAACCCUGGCCACGACAGGAGUGGGCAGAGGGGAGUCGAAGAGUUGGCUUAGUGGCUGUAAAGUUGGGGAUGGCUCCCAUCUGGACGAAAACAGGAGAAAGACACGUAGUAACAAUGCUGCAGGUGCAAGACUGCCAUGUGAUAAAGCACUUGUCAAAAGAGGAACAUGAUGGAAACUCGGCUGCUCUUGUUGUAGGAGGGAAAAACGUGUCACCAUUCCAUAGGUCUGAAGAGCAAAUGGAAAUGUUCAGGAAUGCAGGAGUGCCACCAAAGCAGAAGGUCACCAUCUUUAACGUCACAGACAAUGCCAUUAUCAAACCAGGCACUCCUCUAUAUGCAGCACAUUUCCGUCCAGGCCAGUUCGUGGAUAUCACAGCCAAAUCCAUUGGUAAAGGGUUCCAAGGCGUGAUGAAGCGAUGGGGGUUCAAGGGUCAGCCAGCCAGCCACGGCCAGACCAAAACUCACCGUAGGCCAGGAGCUUCUGGACCUGGAGGGGAUCCAGCCAAAGUUUUCAAAGGGAAGAAGAUGCCAGGCAAAAUGGGGAACGUCUACGUCACAGCUUUCGGUUUGAAGAUAUGGAGGGUCAAUACCAAGUACAACGUGCUGUAUGUGAACGGAUCUGUCCCCGGCCACAAGAACUGCUUACUGAAGGUCAGAGACACUAUUCUGCCAACCAGAAGCUCCACACUGAUCAACCCUCCUUUCCCAACCUACUUUACUGAAGAGGAAGGUGACCUUGAUGAAGACCUGUACGACGGCAACUUGUUUGCUCACACAGAGCCGUCAUUAACACUGACCUGACCACACACACGAAAAAUGUCACACCGAAAUCUGUUAAGUCUGUCUGAAUCUUGUAGUAAAGAAUAAUUCUGUUAA